AUGCUUUCUCCACAUGGGCGAGUUCGGCAAGAUUCCGGGAGGGCGCAGAUUAUCGCAAACCAGCGCGCCGAGAAGAUCCGGAGGUUGCAGAACCAGCUUGGGUGUAUCGAGGGAAACUUCCUCGGCCAGUUGGAGGUCCACAACGAACGCGCCGACGCCGCGGAACAGCAGGCGCAACUAGCGGAACGGCGGACGCGUGUAGUCGAAGCGAGGGCUCGGGCCGUUGACGAGCGAAUGAGGGUGGCCGAGGAGCGGGCGGCUACCGCCGAGGAAAGGGUUCGUAUCGCCGAGGCGGCGAUGGCCCGUCUUGCGGAAGAAGCCGUAGAGCGUAGCGCCGCCGGACCCCCGCUGAUGUCUUCCAUCGGGGCCCUGGCGACCGCGCCCCAGCAAGAAGCCCAAGGAUCGCCGGCAACGCCUAGGCUUGCGGACCUGAUGCGCAACUGGCAGCAGAACAAGUGCCGCGACGCUUUCGUUGCGCGAAUGCGCGACGGCUUCAAACUCCAGCUGCGAGCCGCGAGGGAUGCUCUGGCUCCCGGGAGCGGUAUGCUGGGCGCGGAAGAGGAGCUUGGGCAUGGCACCUUCGGAGGCGUCUACAAGGCCGUCUGCGACGCGACGAAGACGACGUGGGCCAUCAAGAGACCCAUGAAGGAGAUGGACAAGGAAUUCCUGAUACACGAGAUGCUUGUGUACAGCAGCCUCCCCGCCCACACCAACAUCCUCGGCGUGCGAGCCAUUUACGACAUCUCCUCCUCCCCGGCCUUGGCGCUGGAGUGCGGCGAGUGCGACAUGUUCGACGCACUUUUCGGAGGGCGGCUCUCGUUUCCGGACGAGUUGGACUGCCUGGCGGACGUCGUUGCUGGCACGAGGCACUGCAACGACAACGGGGUCGUCCUCUGCGACCUCAAGUUCUCCAACGUCAUCCUCGUGCAUAACGGGGCCCGCUACGUCGCCAAGGUGUCGGACUUCGGACUAUCGUGCGCAAUCGGGCACAACAGGUACCCCCGGUGCGGAACUCCCGGCUACUUUCCCCACGAGGUCUCCCUCGAGCACACCGUUGCUGAACCCAGCACGGACGCUUUCUCUGUAGGGGCCAUGCUGGCCAUCCUCGCCUUGCAGCCCAAGUUGCGGGAGGAGAACGUUUUCUGCCACAAGAUGUUCCUAACACCCGAGGAGGCCCUGCAACUCCCACAGUUGGCGCAAGCGGAGUUUGACAGCUACAGGGAACGCCAGGAGGAGAUAGCGUACCGUACCAUGCUACUGCCCAACUCCGGCUUCGCCAAGAAGGUGACGCGCCCGGCCGUCGUCAACACGAUGCCGGGAACGCAACUGACCAACAUUCGGAAGCUGGUCCGCACCACCACGUCCGCCAACCCCGCGCAUAGGCCCACCAUGGCCGAAAUCGCGCCACAAAUUCUCGCUGUGGCUUCGGCCGUGCGCCUCGCGAUGCAGCAGAACGCCACGCCGGUUGCUUCAGCAGCGACGGCGGCAGCGGCGGUUUCAGCGGCCCUUCCGAGCGGGGACUUCGAGGAAGUACAACCGCCGGCUCAUGCCAGCACCGGCAGCGCGGUGGCAGUGGAGGCCGGCCAGGCGGAUGCAGCAGGGCUGGUGGCGGUGAACGCGAGCGCCGACGUACCCUUGGCUGCCAUCCUUUACGGAGACGCAUUGCUUGCGGGCGGCGGCGGUGGCAGCAGCGGACGCGGCGGUGGCGGUGGGCGCGGCGACUCUGCAGGGGGCGCCCCCGCCGUCGGGAGUGGUGUUGGUGGCGGCCUGGGCGGCGGGGACAGCACCGGAGGCGGCAGGAGCGCCGCCAGCGCUGCAGUCCCCCGACAAAUGGGCGCCGAGGCACAGGAGGCGGUAGCGGCGGCAGAGGGCAGAAGUGCGGAGGCGGUCAGAGGAGGGGGAGGAGGAGGCGGAUCUGAGGCAAGCGGCCGGGCAGGAGAGAGGGCCGUUGGAGAUGCCGUUGGAGGACAAGGCGCAGGCAUGGGACUCGAGAGGCUAGAGGGUCGGUAUGGAGCCAUCGACCACCCUCCCACCGGACGGCGCAAUUCUUCGUCUCCGCGCGCACACUUGGAAGGGCUCCUGCAGGGUGCCACCGGCGACGGAUUUGGGGCCAGGGCACUCUUGCGCUCAGCCCCCGCGGCGGCUGAUGCCGUCGAGCAGGCGGUGGGUGCGGCCGACAUUUCGGUUUCUAACGCACCCUCUCCGGCGGAUGUAGCAGCAGCAGCAGGAGCAGCGGGCCCGGUGGGCUCGAACAUCGGUCCGAUCCCAGCAAGCUCCAUCUUUGCGGCGGUUCCGGUACCGGAGAGCGGCGACGGUGCAGGCUUUUCUGCCCCCUCUUCCGUUGGAAGCCUCGGCAGCGAGGAAGGGGUCGCCGGCGAUGGGCCCGGUGACGAAGGAGGCGGUGAAUUGGCUGACCCACAAAUGGCAAGCAUCCCCGAGGCGGAAGAGGAUGAAGGAGACGGUGAUGGGUGGGAGUGGGGCUGGGAGUUCGAUGGAGAUGACGGGGACUGCAGUGCGGCCGUGGGGUUCGGUGCGUAG